CCGAGGAAGGCUGGCGAUGGAACUGUAAACCUCUUGCUUGCUCGACAUUUUCAACGAACGCGCAUUGUCUACCCAGCGUUUUCUCAGCCGAGCUGAUCUACUGAUCGCUUCAAGUUCCAUGGCGGAACAUUUCACUUCACACUUUCCAAACACAUUUUGGCCUGAUGACUUACCUUGCAGUCCUCGCUCUGAUAAAGAUUACUGGCUUAUAAGAACGUCCAUACUCGCAACCAAGUGUUUAUCAGGCCCCCGACGCUUGUUUCGUGAUGUCAUCGAGUGCUGCGAGCUUGCGACCGACAUAUGCGAGAGUCUAAUUGGAAUACCUUCAGAGAAGUCGUUUGACCUUCUUAACCGUGCCUCCCGAAUUCAGAGCCUUUUAGUUGAAGACCUCUUUGAGUACGAACAAAACCAAAACGAGGAAGAUGUUGCGAGAAGCCUUGCGCAUCUCGACACUGUGGCCGAGCAGGUGAAGAAGGCAUUGUGCGAACUUAUCAAAGCUCACUGGAAGACCAUUCCGCAAAGUAGCCGUUAUCAGAAACUGCAGGAUAGUGUGACCACUCUCGAGGCAUCGGCAAUUCAACUGGGCCAGGCUCUGUCCCAAACGUGCUCCCGCUCAAAUGUGUUGGCCGACUCCAGUGCAAGAUCAGACCGUGACUCACUGCUGCUGUCGACUUUGCCGCUGCAACUACUACCUGUGGAUGACUGGGACGACAUCAUGCCAUGGCAGCCAGCAUCCAUGGAGCCAAAAGUUCCUUCAGCUCCAGAAUCAGAAAAUGGGACACCAGUGCGGCCCAUCCUCCCAGCUUGAAUCCCACUCCUUGUCCAGACUCACCAACCUCUUGCAAGGCAAACCCGGUUGGCAAUGACAUGACAUCAUGUGAUUUCAGAUCCGCCAUCAUUCCAAGAGAAUUAUAUCCCCAGCCUGUAUUCACAAGACGUGUGCGCUUGAACGCUUGAAUGCUACGUUAUCACGUCCGUAAUUGUUGCAGCCCCUCCACUGUCAGGUAUAUGUGAAUAUAUUGCGUGUUCUAACUGUUUUACAAUGGGAAAGUAACACUAAUCCUAUUAAAU